AUACUAAGAUGUGAUGAUCUGUGAGAGCACGUUAUUUAGGCAUUACCCUCUGUGCCAGGAGGUGCUUUUACUUUCAUACUGGGAUUUUUUUUUUUUUUAUUUUCUACCCUAAUCAUAAAUCUAAAUUGGAUGUAUUACAAAAGUUUAAUGUGGACCCUUGACAUUUUCCUCCUUUAGAUAUUUGGAACUACAAGAGAAACCAGGAUUAAUCAGACUUUGUGAAGUUUCCACCGUUUAAAAGAACUCCCUUCUCCUCAUCAGCAUCAUGAAGGAACUUGUGCUGCUGUCCAUCCUGGCUCUGUGCUCUGCGAAGCCCUACACGCCAAUUCGAAUCAUGGAUUUCAUGAAGACCAAUGAGAUCAUGCUUCGGGACGCCGGGGAUGAUGAUGAUGAUGACAAUAACAACUCUCUAUUCCCAACCAAGAGAGCUAGAUCAACCCCUCCACCUUUUCCCACCUGCCCAUUUGGGUGUCAUUGCACAAUGAAAGUAGUCCAGUGCUCUGAUCUUGGUUUGACAGCAGUCCCAAAAGACAUUCCUGCAGAUUCUUUAAUGAUUGACCUUCAAAACAACAAAAUCACUGAAAUCAAGGAGAAUGAUUUCAAGGGGAUGAACAAUCUAUAUGCAUUGUUUCUGAUCAACAACAAGAUAUCAAAGAUCCACCCAAAGGCUUUCCGUCAUUUGAAUAAGCUACAGCUGCUUUACAUCUCCCAUAACCUGCUGACACAAAUUCCUGCCAACAUGCCUAAAACUGUACUGGAACUGAGGAUCCACGAUAACAAGAUCAGCAAAGUCCAAAAGGAAGCCUUCAAAGGAAUGAAGUCCUUGCAUGUUCUCGAGAUGAGUGCAAAUCCACUUGAAAACAGCGGUAUCGAACUAGGGGCUUUUGAUGGCAUGUCUUCACUUUUUAUGAGGAUCGCAGAGACAAAGCUAACUGCUGUUCCUAAAGAUUUACCUUCCUCCCUCCAUGAGCUUCACCUGGAUUACAAUAAGAUUGGAAAAGUAGAACUUGAAGACUUUAUAAGAUACAAAGAUCUGCAGAGACUUGGACUUGGAUACAACCAGAUCAAAUCUGUUGAAAAUGGAAGCCUAGCCUAUAUCCCUAAUAUAAGAGAACUUCACCUGGAUAACAACAAGCUCAAAAAAGUUCCUGCUGGUUUAGCAUCCCUGAAAUACCUGCAGGUUGUUUACCUCCAUUCUAACAAUAUUUCUGGUGUGGGUGUGAAUGAUUUCUGCCCAACAGGGGGCCGUGUGAAAAAGUCCCCCUAUUCAGGAAUCAGCCUCUUUAACAACCCUGUGAAAUACUGGGAUGUACUGCCAGCAACCUUUCGCUGCGUCUCCAACCGCAUGGGCGUCCAGAUCGGGAAUUUCAGAAAGAGGAAGUGAAGCCCUGACUGAUAGCCUAAAGGUUUAGCAGUCAAACAAGUCUCUUUACGAAAUUCAAAAUAUAAGCUCAUAGAAUUACUUGAAUGUCUACAGUACAAAUUCAACAGACGUUGCAAAGCCUUACCUGCAGUGUACAAAUGUGUACUUUUUUAUAUAAAUGGUCUGGGUUUCAAAGAGAAAUCCACCAUGACUUCACACUCAAUCAGGUAAAGAUUCAAAACAUUGAAAACAAUUCUCAAGGAUUUCUCUUAAAACAACGGCCACUCUUAACCAGCAAAAAAAAAGGGUGUUUAAUGGUUCUUGAGUGUUAUUGUACUGCCAAACUCAAGCAUUAAAGACAGCCAGAACCUUUUAUUUUAUCUGUAGGAAUCUGUAGAAAAAUUGUGCCAUCUUAUUCAGAUUUAUUUUAUUGCAGUAAAAGACAAACAACCUGUCUAAUGACACCUGCUUUUCAUAUUUCAAGCAAUACACAGCAAGAAUAUCUGAAAAUACAAAAGCAGGAACUUUCAAAUCAAUAAGCAUAACUGUUCCAGAAUUUGAUUUUUAUUAUCUAAAGCAUUUAUACUUUGGAGCAACGAAGUGCUCGGUUUUAAAAGGCAAUCUUGAGUUGGCAGGUGUCGCUAUGACUGCACCUCUCUUCUGAUACUUCCCAUUGUACGUAGCCAAGUCAUGUCUUAAAGCUUUUCUGUUGCAUGCAUGCAUAUUAAUACAUGUCUUUUAUGAUCCCCUUUGGCUCCCUUAUCGUAGAGAGAUGUUAAAUUACAAACCUUUACUAGAGGAAAAAGGCAUUUUAACCACACCAGCUGUUUAUAAAGAAAGAUUGGUCUUGUAUGCAUUUUUGUUGUCUAACUUAGUGUAUAUAUUCUAAGGUAAGUUCUGAGCUCAAACUAAACAUACAUUUUUAUAUUCAUUUCUAUUGCCCCGCCCCCCAGUAAAUGCUGUUAUAUGAUUCUAAGCCAUUCCAAAUAGAAUUGUAAUUCACGUAAUUGAUCAAAUAUGUUUUGAUUCUGAUCAGCAGAUGGCGACACAGUUCCACAAAAAGAAAAAACUUUGAUUGCCUAUUAAAUAUUUAUUGUACUUCAAUUGGCAUUGAAGUAGCCAAAAACAGUUAGAUGCUACUUUAACAUACUGAGAACACAUAAAAAACAACAAUGAAAAAAACAAAACCUUUUAAUAUGCUGACCAGAAAAAGAAACAUACAAGGUACAGACCCCGAUGGUUGUCAAUGACAAUGAAACACACAAAUUGGAUAUUAUGCUUUUUUUUCAUUAAAAUAACAUCACAAUA